CUCUCUCUCUCUCUCUCUCAAAUCCAAAUAAUUGAAAGGGGUAUUCUUGGUUGGUUCCAUCUUUCGUUCAAUAUUGUAAGCCUCUCUGGGUUUCUGAAGGUACUUGAAUGAACAUGGAUAAGGAAGAUGGAGUUGUGAUGAUGAAAAGGGCGGAGAUUGACACGAGGGCACCCUUCCGGUCUGUCAAAGAGGCCGUCACAUUGUUUGGCGAGAAAGUUUUAGCCGGAGAGGUCUACGCCACCAAGCUCAAAGAGAUGCAGGGCGAAAAUGGGCAUGGCCCAUGGAGGCAUGGGGAUGUUACAUCAGAGCUAGAGGAGACAAAACAAAGCCUGGAGAAAGCAAAAGAAGAAAGCAUGGUUAUGGCAACUUGCCUCUCUUCUCUCAGGGAAGAGCUUGAGCGGACAAAGCGGGAGCUCCGACACAUGAAGGAACGGGAAUCCGAGAAACAAGUAAGGGAAACAGAGAUAGAAGACGUCAAGUUUGUCGAGGACUCGACGAAAUUUGAGGUCACAACAAAAACUAAUAAUAUUUCUGGUGAAGAAGGAAUAUUGGAAUUCCAGAAGAAAAGAUACGUGACUUUCGCAAAUCCUCCGGCCUUAGCACAAGUUGUAAUCCCACAAGGUGUUGAGAGACUUGAGAGACACCCUUCUCUCAAGAAGAAGAAGAAAAAGCCACUGAUCCCUUUGAUAGGAGGGCUUUUCUCCAAGAAAAAAGGCACCCCAGAAGUUGCUCUGCCACGAGGCCCACGACUUCCUUGAUCAGGGCAUUUCAAAAUUUUCAAAAUAUAUAGUAUUUUCGGUUCCAUUUACAACAAUAAUAAGAAACAAACUGUUUUUUUUCUUUUUUUUUUUCCAGACUUUUCUUUCAAUUUCCUCGAGCAAUUCUAGCCAGUGAAGCUAAUUGGUCCGGAAUGAAAUGAUAUUGUAAGCUGAGUCUGAAUGUUCAAUAAGAGAGCCAAAGCA